AUGUGCCAAUUUCAGUAUCAGAUUUUCAAGCAGUGUUCUCAUGGAGUCGUCAACGUCGCCGAGUAUUGUCGUAUGCAGCAGUGGAUGGCAGGCAUAAAGCGGCAGCUUCGGCCAUGCUUUGAGACGACGUACAAUAUAUCGAAGUACAUGUAUCAAGGACCUCAAUGGCAAGUCAUUUCAGGACCAUGCGCCAAUUGUGUACUGCAACGCCCUGCAACCACACAAGCAAGCACUCUACGGAGUAUCGCCACUGUCGGCAAUCUGACUGCUCAGCUUGCGGCAGUGGGCUCAUACGGAGAAGCGACGGGAGAAUAUAGACCAAUGAGGCCCCCGAAUACGCUGGAACUACUCAAAAAAGACUCCAUGUCGCCGAUCCCGCAUGAACGACCCUUCGUCUCCUUGCCCGGUAUUACUACUACCCUACCCGAGCUUCUUGGGUUCAACGAUAAGCUUUACGACAAGACUGCUGCUCUAUUCGAUAAAAUUGUGUUCCCACCUCGAUUCAUUCCAUAUGUUGAUCAAACCGAAUCAUCGUGGACAAUAAAGGCGUUAGGGGUCGCUCGACCAUUAGAACUAUACUUCAUUGAGAAUGGAGGUUUACUUGUGAUGGACAGAGAGUCUAUUCGUAUUCAGCUAUCGUGGAAGGAUGAACAAGCAAUAUGGAAAACUGAUUUCGAACCACGGGGUAUGCCGCUCGGAGAAUUCGAGGCACAGUGCAGGAAAGGAGAACACAGCUUCCCCGGUGACUCCGACGCUGCAAGUAUCUGUGCCAAAUUCUACCAGCUACACGCAGAGUCAGCCGCUGCUCAAAGAAGGAGGGAUCUGGAAGAUUCAAGAAAAAUAGAAGGGUUGCGUCCAUUAUCGGAACUUAGCAACGCGCUGGGGCUGAAUGUAGGUCCAGGUGAGGCAGUCGCAGCAAAAGACAGAAAUGAUUCAGAGCCACAACUGGGCCCAGAUCCUGGUGAUGUAGGCGUACGAAAGGACAAGAAUAACGCAGCAGGGUCCCAAAAUCAUCUGGGGUCACAAGUUAAAGAUUCCCGUGAGGCAUCAUUCGGCUCUCCAAGCGGAAAUCUCGACGCAAUAAACAAAGCAGGACCACCACCACGACCAUGGAUACCAAACUCAUCGGUCUCAUUAACCAACAACUUUGGAGCAUCCGAUAAAAAUAUCGGUAUCGUAGGGGGACAUGAUGCUAGCAAUGCAGGAUCUACCAUUGGACAGACGAGUAAUCUCGACCCGCCGCCUGUGUCAAGGUUUCCACAAGGGCUUCCACGAAACCAAAACUUCCGUCACACGGAGCAGGCUAUUGCCAGCAAUAUAGGAUAUACCACUGGGCAGACUAAAAACUUCGACCCUUUGGCUUUCCCAAGCGUUCCAACAGGACUUUCGCGCGGUCAAAACCUCGGAAGUAUGGGACAGGUUACCCUCAGCAACAGAGCAACUGUGCAAAAUAAAUCUAGUGGCUCAUCGAAUAUAUCAAGAGGUCCACCACGACGCUUUGUACCUAUUUUGCCAUAUCCUUCCUCAAAAGGACAGAUGGAUGAUAAAUGCCAAAGUGGAUCUAGCCCGUCGAUGUUCUCCAGUGUCCCACAAGGACAGUUCAAUUCGCCUGCAGCAUUUCCUUCCAUAAAAGGACAAACGGGUGCCAUCCAUAACGGCGGAACUGGUCCGACGCCCUUUUCAAGCGUUCCGCAAGGACAGUCCAUCCAUUUUCCAACAAAUGUUUUUGUAAAAGGGCAGAUGACCGGUGUCAAUCAGACUGGAUUUGCCCCAAUUUCCCAAGGACAGUUCAUGCCUCCUGUAACAAAUCCUUCUGUAGAAGGACAAAACCAAAGUGGAUUGGGCCUCACAUAUCAAACCCUUCCGCUUGUCCCAGGCGGAGGUCUGUUAGUCAAGCCCACAAUGUCUAGAGCGAAGACAACCUCUGCAUCGGCAUUUGAACCAACGAGCCAAGUCCUAGCUCCAAAGCAGAGUACAUUUAUCCAAGAAACACAACAGUUCGUGGCAAUGUCAAACGCAAAUGGAUACCGUAAAACUCCUGUUCCCACCACGCAGAUGGCUGCUGGGUCGAUAGUUCAUCCGGUAGGACACUUUAAUGCCGCCAUUCAAGGUGGAGUAUACUCAAAAACUCAACAACGUUUGGACAUGUUGAGUGCAAAUUCGCACAGCGACGGUCCAGUCUCCGGCGCACAUAAGGCACCUGGCCCAACGGUACAAUUUCAAGCCCCUGUUCAAGAUGGGGCCGACCCGGUAGAUCAACCGCCUUUCGAACUAACGAAUGAAAGACUCCGCCCACAUCAAGAAUCUAAUUCCACCAUAGCGGUGGCUCCGGUAUUGGCACCUGAUCCAGCAGAAGAGUUUAGUAACUUUGCUCAAAGUGGUGUCCACUUUGAAGACCAGCAGCUUUUCGAUGCGUUAAAUGUAUAUGUCUCUAGCCAAGAACCAGUCUCUACGGUCCAAGCAACGUCUAGAUCGACUCACGAUCCAGCGGGACAGCUGGAUGGGAUAGAUGGGAUAGCCCUAGGAAAUGUUGACUCUGGAAAUCGGCACACACCCAACCUAUUGGAUGGACAAAUAUCUGCUCAAAAGUCAGUGCCUCUAUCACAAGCAGAAUUUGCACGGGCCGGCAAUUCAUUUGAGCCAUCCGGCCCCAUUGGUGGAGGUGAGAUCGACUCUGGGAAUCGUGACCUAGAUGCGAUACUGUUUGGCCGCAUCUCUGAGCAAGCUCCAACCUUCCGGCCACAGACACCUUUUGGAGCAGUGACUAAUUCGGCAGGACAACUGGAGUCGCUUGGUUAUCAAUCAUUCACCCUCGCUGCGGGUGAUGAUAUUCUAGAUCAAUCGGCAUUAUCACCACCUGGUGGAAAAAGCAUUUCUCAACCAGAAAGGGCUGGGUAUGUCAAUAUCCUCAAUCGUGCUGAAGAUUCUCCAGGAAAAGGUAUAAACCUAGAUCAACCACUCUCAGGAACACUGGAUGAAGACCCUUUGGGCUUUGAUCAAAACUUGCCGGAGCAGCGAAGAACUGCGACGGGAGAAAUGCAAGAAGUCUCACAUGGCGGUGAUCAACAAAUGCCUAACGCAGGUGAGAAUCAUCUUGGUCUUGGUGGUCAAGCCUCGCAGGUAUUUCCGAAUUCUUUGGAGUGGCAAGAUGCUCCAACAGGUGAAAUGGAAGGAAUUAUAUACGGCAAGGUUCAAAAGACACUUGCCGAAGCUAUUGGAACUUCUUCUGGUCCUGAUCAAGAACCGAAUGUGUCUGCAUCGAUGUUUGGAGCCGAGGAUGUCUUUCGUGAUGGUUAUAAUGAUUUUGAUCAAGAUACACCUGAAGAGCGAAAUGAAGUAAACGAAGGAGAGGAGAUACCGAAUGCAGCUGACUUCGAGCUUCAGAGUCAUCGGGGUUGGGCUGAACAGGCUAUUGACCCACAGAUCCUGACCAAGAAUGGUAACGAAGAAUGA